AACAGACCAGACCCCCAGCUUUCCUCUGAUUGGUUCGUGUGUUUAGACGCGAAGGAUGAGAACGCUCAGAGCGGCGGCUCACAUGGCUAGAAGAUGUCUGGUGUAACCAUGCAGUCACCGCGGGAAAAAUGGCGAAUUCGCUACUGACUUCUUCGAAUGAAGCGUGUUUCACAGCAGCGUGGCAUUGUUUAAGGAAGUACUAGAGCUCCUGGACGACACCAUGCCGUUUAUACACUGAACAGGCGUUUCGUUUCGGCUUGCCUCCUCUGCCCGUUCCUCCUCCUCCUCCUCCUUCUCCUCAUCCCUCCUCCCUCUGCGUUUCCAGAUAGCGGGCGCUUCGUCUCGGUACGAGUUAUUGCACUCGUUUGGAAAGAUCAAAAUGUAAGGCAAAACUUCGAUUAAUGUCGUCAGGGAAAGAAGAGGCUUCGCGAUCGUACCGAGGACCGUUAUCUACAGACAAACGCGUUGAUUUGCAAACGGAGGUCCUCAGUUCGCAGCUCUCUGAUCUGGAUCCCGGAAUGGUGUGUCAGGACCCCACUGGGUUCGGAAAUGCGUCGUGUUUAUGCGAGCAAUGAGCCUGACAGAAAUGCCUGGUUUCUCCUUGCCCAGUGCGAUGCAGUUGGCUUUGCCGGCUCGGAGCACAGAUAAUCUGGACAGUUCUGGGGAGCCCGCCACCCGCUCCGUUGGCACCUCUGCCAACUUAAAGGGGAAGAUGAGCAAAAGGCUGUCUGUCGUCAAAGGCCACUUCCCAAAGCUCACUGACUGUGCCCACUUUCACUAUGACAACGUCAACUUUGGUUCCAUUGAGCUUCAGUUUGCUAGUGAACAAAGCGAUGCUAGCUGGAGCUCAGCCAAUACCAAAGACCUCAUCUUCCUCGUGCAGGUCUCCUGCCAGGGUAAGAUGUGGAUGGUGCGCCGCACGUACGAGGAGUUUCGCACCCUGGAUGCUCACCUGCACCAGUGCAUCUAUGACCGGCGUUACUCGCAGCUCCUGCCCCUGCCAUCACUUUGUGAGCUCGGGGACAGAGUGGAGCUCUUCACUCCCAUGCUCUCCGAGUACCUGAGCCGUCUCUCCGUGAUUGUGGACAGUAAGCUGAACUGUGGGCCCGUGCUCACUUGGAUGGAGAUCGACAAUCAUGGCAAUCGGUUUAUGCUAAAGGAAGAGGCGUCUUUAAAUGUCCCAGCGAUCGCAGCAGCACACGUCAUCAAGCGCUACACAGCGCAAGCCAGUGACGAGAUUUCUAUUGAGGUCGGUGAUAUUUUGUCUGUGAUUGAUAUGCCACCCAAAGAGGAGACCACCUGGUGGAGAGGAAAACAUGGUUUUCAGGUUGGCUUUUUUCCCAGCGAGUGCGUAGAGCUGAUCAAUGAGAAGAUGCCUCAGUCUGUCAGCACUCCCGCUGCCAAGACAGUAGAGUGUGAUGCAGGCAGCUCUAGACCUGGAGUCGCCAAUGCGCCUGGUCCACCUUCUCCCACAUCAGUUUCCAAGAAGCACGGCAAGCUGAUGGGUUUCCUGCGAGCCUUCAUGAAAUCCAGACCCAGCAAGCAGAAGCUGAAGCAGAGGGGCAUCCUGAAGGAGCGGGUCUUCGGCUGCGACCUGGGAGAACACCUUCUCAACUCGGGACUAGAUGUUCCAGAGGUCUUAAAAAGCUGCUCGGAGUUUAUUGAGAAGCAUGGCAUUGUAGACGGCAUCUACAGGCAUUCUGGGAUUUCCUCCAACAUCCAGAAACUGAGGCAUGAAUUUGACAGCGAGAAUGUUCCGGACCUGACGAAAGACGUGUACAUGCAGGACAUUCACUGUGUAGGCUCCCUCUGCAAGCUCUACUUCAGAGAGCUGCCCAACCCACUCCUCACCUACCAGCUCUAUGACAAGUUUGCCGAUUGCAUGGGGGAGAUGACUGAGGAUGAGCGCAUGGUGAAAGUGCACGAUGUCAUCCAGCAGCUUCCUCCUCCUCAUUACAGGACUCUAGAGUACCUCAUAAAACACCUGGCUCGUCUAGCCACCUUCAGCGAAGAGACCAACAUGCACAUUAAGAACCUGGCCAUUGUCUGGGCUCCAAACCUGCUCAGAUCUAAGGAGAUCGAGGCAGCGGGGCUCAACGGUGCUGAUCCGUUUAAAGAGGUGCGCAUCCAGUCUGUAGUGGUGGAGUUCUUACUCACCAACGUGGAGGUGCUCUUCAGUGAUUCGUUCACAUCAGUGGGACGGUUUGCUGCAGCUCGGCAGUCCCUGACCAGGCCGAAGUCCUUCGUAUCCACCAGGCUGCUGUCUUUGGAGGAGGCACAGGCUCGCUCCCAGGCUCCUCUGCUCCUUCAAGGAUCAUCUCACCCCCUACAGGAUCGUUUCCACACAGUGCUGGACCUCCCUACUCACAGAAGAAAAAGAGGGCCGAAGGUGCGGAAGGCAGCUGGAGGGAGCUGGAAGACGUUCUUUGCAAUCGGGAAGCCUGCAGGCUCAGGUCGUCGCAAGCCCAUCCGGAUCACCUCGCUAUUCCAGCCCUCCACCUCUCACGCAGGUUGCAGAGUGGACAGUGUCACCCUGAGGUCAGCUAAGAGUGAGGAGUCUCUUUCUUCCCAACACUGUGGAGCAGGUCAUGGGAAGCUGCAGCGCUUACGAAGACCUCGUUCCAGCAGCGAUGGUCUCUCUCUGGCUACUUCUGUGGACCCUCAGCUCCUGGCUCAGCCAGUUCCUUCGCAAAUCCCGCCCAGCCGCUCCUACGACAGCUUGCUGCCUGAUGAGGCCCGCGCCGCUAAUGGAAUGGAAGACGACGAAGAUGAUGAGGAGGGAGUCUAUAUGCUACCCGAUUUCUCAGAAGACCCUGCCCGAUCCUGGAUGGCUGAGGACGUGACUGACUUUAGCCCCACCUUCCCAGAUGAGGGGCCAAUUGGAAUCGGAAGCAGUGGCCCCAUUGCCCCUGGUGAUAGGGAAUCUCCAUCUGCGGCCACUCCUCCUCCCUACCGUUGUCUGAGUCGCCAAGGGCACGCCCGUUCUGGAAGUCAGCGCUCAAUCACAGAAGACCCAGAUUCGGUGCUCAACCAGUCAGAAGCAGCAGCACGUAGGAGCCUGAUUUUGGCCGCAGCUGCCCCAACUCAGCAGGUGUUCUGUCAGCAUAAACCUCCUGCUGUUAAUACCCCUGCCUCCAGCACCACCCAGCCUGGAGAGACCAACCUUGGUCCCUCCCAAAGCCAGCCCACUGCCCUUCCAGCGCCUGUACCCUCUGCUCAACCUCCACAGGAAAAGCGUUCAUUUACAAAAAAGGUGGUGCAUGCCCUUUCACCGAAAGCACCAAAGUCGCCUCCACUGGACAUAUCUGACCCCAUCGCCAUCAGUGUGCCUGCCAAGGUGCUGGAAAUGAUUGGCGGGCGAGCUGGCGAAUUGCAGUCUGGGAACCCAGGCGGUGGACCCUCCCAGCCACCCCAAAUGAUAUCCAUGCUGCUGAAGUCUUGUGAUUUCCAGCUUACAGAGAGCUGCCAACAGGAGCUAAACAGCAAGUUUGGCCAUGAGGUUAAGAUCAGAGGCCCCAGUAUUAUUGGUCCAACUGGUGCUCUCCUGCCCUCCCAAAAGCCCCCUCCACCCCCUCCUAAAAACCCAGCACGCCUUAUGGCUCUGGCACUGACCGAAAGUGCCAACAAAGCUCUUCGGCAGGGUGCCUCUCCUCCCUAUCGUCCCCGCCAGGUUGGGAGUCCCCCUGAUGCUGACACCCGUUUCCAGCGGUCCCUGUCUGCUGACACGGGGGCUAUGCUCUCCUCUGAUGCAGACCAGCUGUACUCCACUGUGCGUCCCUUGUCUGUGUGGAUGUCUGAGGGCGGAGGUGAAGUUAGCGCUCCUGAAAAGACGACAGACUUGGUACAAGAGGAGGAGGAGCCAAGAUCACCUCCAGGCCAGGACAUGGGUACACUCUCCUCGGAUGCCUCAGUUUCUGAGUCUGGAACAUCAAACAGUGAGCUAUCUGCUGGUAGUUCCUCUGGGGACAAUGAGAAAACCCCAAGCCCCAUCUACAACCAGAAGCCACAGAUUCCUGCACCCCCUAAAUCCAGCCCACCUGCCGCUAGUGAGGUUCCCUCUCAGAGGAAACCCCCAGCGUAUGGCCGGCAGUUCUCUGCUCCACACCUCCAGCAACAGAUGUCAGGCACUGAGUCCAAAUCCCCCAACCAGGCUCAUUCCCAGCUUCUGCAUUCCAGGUCAGAGAGCUCCCCGUUGACCCACACACAUGCCUUCCAGCCCACACGCCCCAAAGUGCCCCCCAAGCCACUGGAUUCUGCCCUACCUAGGCCCCCGAUCUCCAAGACUGACCGACAUGACUUCAUGCGUCGUUCCUUGGAUGCCGGUCGCAUCCGACGCAUGGUGGGGCCAGCUCAAGGCAACCCACCACUUUCUAGAGCUUUUUCUGAGCGCAUUAGCAACACAUCAGAUGCACUGUCUCGCUACCAUGCAACCAGAUUGGCCAACCAAGUGGCACAGGUUGUGACAACUGCUCAACCUGUCAUGCAGCAACAGCAGCCCCAGACAUCUCAUAUCCGACCUGCAUUCUCAUCUUCUGAAGAUCCCUCCAACGUGGAGAAUUUAUACUAUGAGAUUAGUGCCCCUGAUCAUCCACCUAGCUACUCCCAGCACAGCUACCAGAACAUGAGGUUAGAUGUGGAUGGCAACUACCGGCUUUCAGAUCCAGCCAAUCAGAGGCCCCAAUCUAGGGGUCAUCACCCACCCCCCUACUCACAAGUGCCAGCAGCUGCCAGGGUUAGUCAGCUUUGGUCCUCUGAGGCCACACGUGCCUGGACUGCAGCUCACUCGCACUCCUCCUCCUUCUCUCAUUCCCAUUCUCACGGUCAUUCUCACAACAACCCACCAGGUCCUCGUGGUCACCCUCGGCUGCAGCGUCAGACCUCCUCCUCUGUCAGACUGACCCGCAGUGAGCUGCACCCCAUCCAUGCUGCCUCUGGCUUCUGCUCAUCUGGGGGCCUGGUGCCUCUGUCUGUGCACCAGCGUAGCCUACACUGUUCCAUGCGCUCACCCUCCUCCAGCCUCACUGCCUCCCAGCUACAUCCAUACUUUGAAAAUGGGAAGGUGUGCUAUCGCUAUUUUGAGACCUCUGGACAUGAGGAGGGACCACUGAGCCACCUUCAGCCAUCAAUGUCAAAACCGCAUCAAGCCUAUUCAUCCCAGAUCUCCCCAAUACAAGCAUACAACCCACCCUCCAAAGAUGAACCCAUUUAUGUGAACUACCCUUUCACUAGCCCUCCAGGUGCUGGGGUGAACACUAAGACUUGGGCCACCACAGACCUGGAUGGAGAUGUCCACCAAGGGGCAGAACCUGUCAAGCACCCUGCUGAGGCAUCUACAGAGGAUGAGCAGCAGUCUACGGACAAAGCUCUAGAUCAGGAGUGUCCCACAACUAGUUUUGAAAGCCCUACCCAAAACGAUGGUGCCACAGAUUCCAAGGCACUGGAGAUGCCCACAGCCUCUGAUGCAACGCACUUUCGCAGCCACUCUGACCCACAGAGCUCAAGCUCAGAACCCAGUCAGGCUCUUACAGGGAAGGACAUUGCUUCGCUGCUGAUUGAGAAGCUUGCAGAGGAUGAAAGAGAGGGUCUAAGUGUGGUCACUUCAUCCUCUGCAUCUUCUUCGCCCCAUGUUGAGUAUCCCCCUAACCCAUACCCCAGCCAACAUCAUAAGCGCCCACCCCCUGCCUACAACCCAGGAUCCUCUCGGGGUCAUUUUGAGAGCCAGGGUCUGCCACGAGAAGGCUCAGGAGCUUUUCAACGCCAAGAUCCCAUGCGCCGUUCUUCCAGUGGCCAGUACAGACAAGCCUUUGAUGUUAUGCCAUCUGGUGACCAAGUUCUUAAGUUUUUCAGAAGCCAAGACUUUAUCCCAACUCCCCAGGGAGAAAGCACAACACCAAACCCAUACCCAACAAGACCUCACUGUCAGGAUUCCACCAGUCACAUCCUUCAGGCUCACCCAGACACACCCCAUUCCUCUACUCCUCCUUUGGUGGCCUUCUCAAACUUGGCACUAAGCACACCAAGAGGAUAUGGGGCUCAAAUGGAAGUUAAUCCAUAUAACCAGUACCCGUACCAGGCAGGCCCAGUGCUUCCGCCCUAUCCCAAUGCUCCCAGGAGGGAUGUGAUUCUAGAUCCUGCUCUUCGACCUACUGGACUUCGGAGCCAGAGGGACUUGAGCCGGCAGGGCAGUCUGUCUGGUCCCAACUGGUCCAUUCACACAGAGGGUCAGACUCGCAGUUACUGUUAAAGCACAAACCAAUGGCAAGGGUAAAGGUUCUUUGGACUGGAAGUGAAAUCCAUUGGGAGGAAUGUCCUAAAAUAACCCCACUGCUGUGCUCCAUAACUGGACCUUUAGAGUAAAGGAAAGAGAAGUAGACAGAGAGGGUAGGGCAUGAUGGUUAAGAAAAUCAAAGAAGUGAACCAUAUAGUGGCUUAGAUAUGUAAACAUUCCAGUAGACACUGUGUUGUCCAGCAGAGGUCAUCAGAGAGUUGUAUGGCUGCUGUCCCUCUGAAGGGAGUAUCAGGUAUUCUGCGUGGUGGCGUUUUUCUGCUUUAGGUACUUUCUGGGUUUAAGUUUAUUGCUAGAACACUAGGUGACAGGACAGAGAGUGGUGUCCAGGGAAAUAAGCUUAGUAUGUGUUUUUUUGUUUUGUUUUGUUUUUUUUUGUUUUUUUCUUUUUUAAAUGCUAAAAUAAUUUGACGGUAACCUUAUGCUGCUGGCUGGUUCUAAAGAAGCAACUUGUUUCAUUUUGCCUUUGUAUUUUUUUUUUGUUGUUGUUUGUAGUAGUCAGUUUAAUUUUUACAGCUUUUUAACAUUUUAAGUUAAUUUAACUUCAUUACAAAGAGCAUUUAAGAUAUUUUUUGCUGUGUUUCAAAGACUGCGAAGAAUAGGAAUGUUAUAGUUUUUAGUCAUUGGUUUUUGUUUGUGUGUGUAAGAGAGAGAGAAUGGGCAUGUGUUUUCAUUUGUGUAUGGAUGUUUGUGUCCCAAUAAUCUUUGUCCUGUGAAACGUACAUGAAAGAACGUGAAGGAAACACUGCCAUGUGCUUAAGGGAUAAUGUGUAUGUGUGCAUCUACGUACAUUUUGUGUGUGUCCAUAUUUAUUGGAAGGUACUGCACAUGUAAUCAUAACAUGUACUGGAUAUGGGAUUUCAUAGCUGAACUGUCAACCGAUGUGCUAAUCAAUGCAUCAGUCAUUACAUUAUUGGUAAAUACAGAGGUUUCCUCAGACCAAUCAGUUGCACUGUAGGAGUUUUUGCUGCAUGGCCCAUCAAAGGUUUCAUGACAUCUUGUUGUUAUUGUUGUUAUUAUUAUUAUUAUUAUUAUUAUUAUUAUUAUUAUUAUUAUUUUGACUUUGAGAGGAAGGAAGAAGUGCUUUGUGUAAUGAAACACCCUGCCCAGUCACCAAACUUUAAACCAAUUGAGAUGCUCUAGGAGGAGUUCAGAUGAAAGGCUUGCGUCAUGGCAGAUCAUCUCUGAUGAAUGCCUGGAAAAACUGACUGUUUAAUAAAGAAUGUGUAUGCAGUAGUUGUAGUUGCUAAGCAUUUUUUUAACAAGCCUAUAACAUAUUUAAUAUUUUAUUAAUUAUUAUGCUGAAUAUUUACACAAUAUUUGUCUUUAAUACGUUAAAUCACUACAAACCAACAAAGAAAAUGUUCUGUUAUUGAAGCAUUGUAAGAAUCUAGAUGUCUCCAAAUUUUUGAUGGGCAAUGUUUGUCCAGUUCUGAUACCUGUUGAAUCUGUUGUCUUUCUGAGGAAUUGUUGAAAUGUUCUCACAAAUCUGUGUUCACAUAAUGAUUAUAUUCUUACCACAACAAAAGUGUGCGACGUGUAUCCGAGGUUCUUAGUUCAGUUCGGUUAGUUUAGUUCCGACACUAAUACACCUGUACGUUUUCCCCCCUCGAGACUUAUCUAAAUAUUGGAGCCAAGUUUAUUAGGUAGUUCUUGCAUACUGCCAAAGUUUAGUUCAGCAGAAACAGGGUUGGGCAGCUCAACACUACUGUAAUGCAAUAUGACAAUGUGAGGAUUCCUUAGGGCAAGUGAGCUCCUGGUGAUCUACCCUUAACUUAAACACGCCUGACUCUUAAAAAAAAAUUUAAGCACGCCCGAGUAGAUCUCCAAUGAAUGGAUUUGGGCGUGAUGGCUUUUUCGGUUGUGUUUCAUUUCUGUAGGAGGGUAGCGCUCCGGGAACAUAGUUGCACACCUCUUAGGGUGGAACAAGGAUGACACCUAUAGUGGUUUCCUAGCAACGGAUGCCUUUCCUUGAGCACUUGUUUUGUAACGUGCCGAGACUUGAACAUUACCUCUUGAGUCAGUGUUAAUAGGGAUACAUGAGCCUUUAAUUGCUCCUUUCUCGUUAGCAGUAUGUCUGGUGUCCUUAAAUAUCUGGCCCUAAAUGUUUAAGGUGAAUACAUUGCACAUUUUAAUUUUUUUGUUUGUUUGCUGCGCAGGAGUGAGCAACUUUGUUGAAGCCUUUAAAGUACAAAGUUUAGGUGUGUGUGUGUGUGUGUGUGUGUGUGUGUGUGUGUGUGUGUGUGUGUGUGUGUGUGUGAAGGCUCUUGUCUUUUUUUUUUUUUUAUUAUUAUUUUUAUUUUUUUUUAUCCAUAACUAUGCAGUGAAGUACAAGGGAAGAUUUCCUACAACAUAGUAACUCUUUACUCCAAAUGUAUGUAUUCCAGUAGUGAGGGGUGUGGGUGUGUGUGCGCGCACGUGUGUUGGUUAAUGUGCUUUAAACCUAAACAUCCUGUUCAAUGGUCUCUUUUUUGCCUUGUAGCAAUUUGCAAAAGGCAAUUCACCAUGUUUUGUAAUAUUUACCGAUGUGUGAAUAAAAAAAAAAAAACUUGGAUGCAUCAGUCA